AUGGAUCUCAUAUUCGAGAGAACCACGAAGUAUCCGAACUGGGACCCACCCGCAGAGAUUCCAUUGUAUGUUGACGUCGAGCAGGUUGGGUCAUACGGAAAGAUCGAUAAAGCCACGGGCAAUUUUAUUCCCCAAGGUUCCAUCUACUCCAACGAUUUCCAGUCGCUUCUCCGCCGUGACUGUCCGGAGGAGUCUGAAUUCACUGCUUGGUCGAAAAACGUCAGAAGAUUAGAAUUGAACGUCGAAUCUCACGCAGGUGUGCCUGGGAUUGCUACAGCUACUAUCAAAGGAACAUGGCAGUUCAGAAGGGGAACCACUGGCUCUAUCUUGAUCAUGAAUAAACCUCGGAUAAAAACCAUCACUCAAGACGUUCUUGGGAAGCUCUCCAACAUUGAGUUCCUCAAGUCGGUUCAUCUCGUUAUCAAGGUUUUUCAUUGUCCUGCCUACACCUUGUACCUCUCAGAUAAAAGCGGAGAAAAUAUCAACAUUGCUCUGUUAUCUUCCGCCCCCGUUUUAGUGCCCCUGGCCACUGUUGGUGCGACGGUCGAGGUGAAACGGUGGAGUGACGCACAAGCUGGAUUGACACGCAGCGGGAGUAUGCCGGACCAUUGCUUCACUCCUUUGUAUGAACUUAAGCAUCCCAGGUAUUCCCGCGCUAGUAGGCGGUCAUCAAUAUCCCCCGAACGCACGGGCGAAGAAUUAUGGGUUACCUCAAACCUCCCGUGGGCGUCUCUUGACGAGGAUGGUCAAGAGCCGCCGGUGUUCAUCGACAAUAAUCCGGAUUCCAGUGACUCAGAGGAAGAGUCAGGCCUUUAA